GAUCACUUUCCGGUUGUUUCUGGGUGUCUCUGGUAUUCAUCAGCCUCUUUUUGCUGUCCUAUGUUGCUAUGAGGAAAGGARUCAGCAAUGACUGAUGUGGAGCCUGUGGUCACAGAUUUUGCAGCAUCAGGACGGGCAGGGCGCCGGAACGCCUUACCAGAUAUCCUGGGCUCCCCUGCUGGUGCUGGGACUUCAGACCUGCCACACAAACUGGCUGAGCUCUCUGUUUCAGAAGAUGCAGGAGCAGAGGGUGGAGAAGUGYCAUCAUCCAAAGCUUUGCUGGAAAGUCAAGAGGCAGAAGGAAAACACAAUGAUUCCUAAGACCUAAGGACUUCUGGGUUAAUGAAUCCCAUCAAAAGACUUCCCUGAUUUUCUGUGUCACCCCUUCUGAAGUGUGGUAGCAACUUUAGCAGCACAGACAUGAAUUUGCAAUGCACUUGUACCUAGAUGAUUAUGUGGAUGGCAUACAGUUUUUUCUACUGUCAUGCUUCAAAAGCRAUGUUCUACACAUCCAAACAGGAAGAGAACUAAAGAAUGUAUCUUUUGUUUUUUUGUUUUCUCUCUUGCUUUCAUUAUAGUAUUCAUCCUAAUUAAUCUUUGACAGUUCCAAUUMGUAUACCUAGCAGAUGUACCAGGAACUAAUCAUUGUUUCAGAGUAAAAAUCUGGUUUCUUAAUUUCCCAAACAAGUUUCUUCCUCUAUGACAGAGAGAUGUAUUCACUCCCCUCAAUGUGAUAUUAA